GCCUGCCUUCUCCGCCCCCUUUUCCCGACUACAUCCUAGCCCGACCAGCGGCCUCCAAGAGUCGAAGCGUCCGGUUGGCUUGCUCGCUAGCUGCUCGCCGAGGACGCGCCAUGGAGAGCUUAGCGAACCAACCCAGCGCGCCCCUCCGGCUGGGGAUUUUGCUCCGGCACCUGGUUCCCCACGCCGGAUUCACACCAUUUCCUACUUCAGCCCAAGUUGCUCCUGCGACAUGCCUAACGCAGUUCCGUUAUACCUUGGAUAAUAGCAUCCUAACUCUAGAGCAAAGACGUUUUUAUGAGGACAAUGGAUAUCUUCUCAUCAAAAAUCUGGUGGCUGAUGAAGAUAUUGACCGCUUUGGAGAGGAAUUUGUAAAGAUAUGCAGGAAGGAAGUGGAGGUACCUGGGAUAACCAUCAUGAAAGAUAUCGCAAUUGCCAAGUCUGCUGCUAAUGAGAAUACAGUUUCAAAAUUGCAGGAUCUUACGUGGAACGAAGAACUCUUCAGAUAUUGUACCUUACCUCAGAUCGUAAAAUAUGUUGAAUGCUUCACGGGGCCCGACAUCAUGGCUAUGCACACCAUGCUGAUCAAUAAACCUCCAGAUACAGGCAAGAAAACCUCUCGUCAUCCUUUGCAUCAGGAUCUCCAUUAUUUCGCCUUCCGUCCUGCCGACCGAAUUGUUUGUGCCUGGACUGCAAUGCAAAGGGUGGAUCGGAGAAACGGAUGUUUGGUUGUGUUGCCGGGGUCUCACAAGGGCUGUCUGAAGGAGCACAAGUAUCCGGAUUGGAAGGAUGGUGUCAACAAGAUGUACCAUGGGAUACACGAUUAUGACAAGAGUCUUCCCAGAGUCUACCUCCCCAUGGAGAAAGGAGACACGGUGUUUUUCCACCCCUUGAUCAUUCACGGUUCUGGAAGGAAUAGGACCGAAGGAUUUCGAAAGGCUAUUUCUUGUCAUUAUGCUAGUAGUGAUUGCUACUAUAUCAACAUCAAAGGGACCAGCCAGGAAAAUAUAGAGAAGGAAAUUGAAGAGAUUGCAAGGCGGAGGUAUGCUCUAGGUGGUUCAUCGUUCACUCUGAAAGAUGCUUCUAUGAUACGAAGUCGACUUGUUAAAGGAAAGAGAAAAAAUCUUUAAAUGCCAUUACAGAUCCCUUCCCAAGGAAAUUUGGGAGAAUUCAGCAUUUAUUUCUUCUUACUUUUUGGAAAGGCUGUUCAGUUAGUAAUAAUCUCGAAGCGCUUUGGGGGCUGGUUGUGUUAGGAAAUGGAUUAAAGGCUGCAGUGCUACAGUAGUGGCCAAAAUUGUGGAAACCUCUGGGGAAAAGUGUACAGUAGAAAUGCCAUCUUUGGUUAAGUUUCCACCCAUUUUUCUUCUAGUUUCUUUAUAACGGUAGCCUUGUUCACUUAAUAAUA